AUGAUCUCAUUAGAUAAUAAAAAUAACAAUAAAUCAUUAGUAAUUACAAAAUAUGGUGGUCCAGAAGUAUUUUCAAUUGUUGACACAGCCAUUCCAAAACCAAAAGAUAAUCAAGUACUAGUUAAAAUCGACUAUGUUGCAUUAAAUAGAGCUGAUCUUUUAUUUUCACAAGGUUUUUACAAGCCAAUUGAAAAGUUCCCAAAUCCAUGUGGUAUGGAAGGUACAGGUACUGUUGUAGAGUUUGCCAGUGAAGAAGUUAAAGAGAAAUCAAAUUUAAAGGUUGGUGAUAAGGUUUCAAUACUUUGUAAUUUUGAUAAUACAAAUUAUGGAACUUUUGCACAAUAUGCAGUAUUUCCAUAUAGUGCAUUGGUUAAAAAUAACAGUGAAUUAGUUGACCAAAAAACUGCAUCUGCAUUUUGGGUAUCAUUCCUUACAUCUUAUUUUGCUUUGGUUGAAAAUGCAAGAAUUAAAAAGGGUGAUGUAAUUGUUAUAACUGCUGCAAGUUCAGGUGUAGGUCUAUCAGCCAUUUCUCUAGCUAAACAUUUUGGUGCCACUGUAAUCGCAACAAGUCGUACUGACAAGAAAAAAGACCAAAUACUCUCUUUUGGUGCUGACCAUUUUAUUGCCUUAGAUAGUGAGGAUUAUGUUAGCCGUAUCAAAGAAAUUACCAAUGGCAAGGGUGCAAAUAUUACAUACGAUGCCGUAGCUGGUGGAUCUUUCUCAAAGCUAGUUGAAAGCUCUGCUUCAUUUGGGAAAAUCAUUUUAUAUGGUCUAAUGGAUUUUAGUAGCCCAACAGUUAUACCAGUAACAUCAAUUGUUCCAAAAUGUAUCACAAUCAAAGGUUUUACUCUUUACGAAUAUCUUCCUCAAACCGAAUUAUUAAAUCAAGCUAUUGACUUUUUAAAUCAAAAUUUACAUCAAUUCAAAUCUUUGGUUGGUAAAGAAUUUAUCGGAAUCGAAUCUUUAGGAGAUUCUCUCAAAUUUUUAAAUUCAUCUGACCUUUUUGGUAAGGUAGUUGUAAAAAUCAAUUAA